AUGGAAAGGGCCACCGCGGCCCACACACGCACACACUCGCUGCGCGGGGCAGGCGCCACGCGCCCUCUGCCCCCUGCCGGCGCCGCCAAAUGGACCCCACCACCGCACCGCACGGCACGGACGGGAACCGCACGGCGCCUGCGGAAAGUUCCCGCCGCAAGCAAAGACGCGGCCCCGCCACGCGCCCACGGCGGCAUUUGCUCCUCCCCGCAGAAGGGGCGCGCGCGCGUGUGCACCGCAAGCAGGGCGCACCACAACGGCGAUGCUGCUGCUCCUUUCUUCUCUUGCAUUGCACUCCCCCAUUCGGACGCCGACGUUCGCGCGGGCGCGCGGCGACGCGCCCGGGCGUCGCGCAGUAUCGCCCGCCCACGGCGGGAAAA